CAUCGCGAGACGAGACGACGACAGUCGUCAUCCCCGCUCCCCGCUCUCCGCUCGAUCAGCUCUCCUUGCCACCGACAAUCACGAGUUUAAGCCUCGCGAGGCCGCUUGCUCAUCGACCCUUCGCGCCUUCUUGGUGGCAAGUAGCGGCCCAUCCUCAUCAUCUUAGCAUAGUAUACGAGGCCUUUUCAACCACGGGCGACUCAUCGGGCGCCAAGUAUGCACGCUUUGCCUUCACGACACGCGACGUGCGCCUUCUGAAAUUGUUCAACGACGACCAUCAUCAUUCCCCUUAGAGGCACCUAAGGCACCCCCUUUAUCAUUAGAAAUCGGAGACUUCGCGAAAGCUUGGGCCUUUGCAUCAGCACCACAUCGAGUGCCGUUGCGCUCUCACACCCUGAGACUAGGGCUCACGUCUCUAACGUGCGUGGAUCAGAGCUACUGUGGCAGGCUACUGGCCACGAUGACGCCGCUGGAGGGAAAAUGGUCUGCCGAAGAAGUGGAAGACCUCCUCAGCCAUGCUGGUCCCUCAAGACUGCCUUCACCUUCCGUGUCGCAUGAGCAACGCACGCCGAGGAACAGAAGGAAGAGACUUCGCACCAGCGCCUUUGGGCUGGCGGCGGCAUGCAGCGUCGUCGGCAGCCACGCUUGGCAAGGCGGGACACAAAAGCCAUCACCUCUUCACGCUCGCCACAGGUGCGACGGUGUGCCGCUUAUACGUACUGCUACUGCGUGGUACCUCAUACCACUUGCGACCCAAGCUUUCUUUGCUCCCACCUUGGCAAGUCCGCUGCUCGCAGACGGCGUGAUGUCUUUGCGGCAAGACAUGAUCGCUGCUGAAAGAGAAUUCGGGAAGCAUCAAGAGCCUGAAAUUGGUGGCUUCACCCAUGAGGUUGGGACGAAGCCAAGAGAAGCGGGCCACGCCGACGCACCUCAGCAAUCCCACCAAAGCGACAGCCACCAAAAGCUCUCUCCAGACACUGAUGGAGUUCAUGGGUCGCGAGAAGCCACGCGCUACCAAGCUAAGACUCAGCGCAGCUCGAUCCGAGCGAUUCAUGGAUUAUCCACGCUAAAUCGACUUGGUCUUGCCAAUCAGAUGCCCUUCGAGGCUUCAGAGGUCGGCGCUGCUGGUACUUCACACAGAUCGCUUGGUCUUUUCCCAGAAGGCUAUGUCUUUAGACCUCGUACAACCAUCAACAAGAUAGACAAUGCGAUACAAGCUGAGCAAGGAGGCCUAGGGACGGAUUCGAGUGGCAGAUCUAGUAGCACGGACACGGCGCUUCAAAUGUCUAUGCCCAUCGAAGUGUCCCACAGCAACUUGCUGAGGCAUGGUUGGUCUAGAUGGCAAUUGGACGACGACGCACGUUUGUCCGUACCAGACGAACAACGUCGGCCUAGAAGGGAAACAGCAUCGCAAAGGGCAGCGGACCUGCUCGGCAAGAAGUGGUGGAGGUGGACGCCUGGCGCAGGCUACACCUACGGGAGGUCGAAAGAUCUCUCAAUGUACACGCAUGGCCCAGGCAUUGCGCUCGCACAGCUUGUGCCCCCGAAUCACAAGUACAAAGUCCCACGCUUGCCAUUGAUUCCGAACGCAUCCAAGCGCGAGCUCGCAUGGGGAAUCUUUUGGAUGAUCCUCGUCACUGGGGUCUGCGCCCUGUUGCUCGAACUCAGAGCAGCGCGACGCAGGAUGAGAAAAGGGAAGGGAGUAUCGCGUGCAACACACACGAUGCUGCGCCAGCCGAAUGAGGGAACGAUCACACUUUCGGGCUGGAUGUCAUCCACGUCGGCGUGGAUUGAGGGCCCCAGAGCGUUGACAAUCGGCAGCCGACCCAUCCACUCCCGCCAACGCAGCAAGGCGCUCGCGUUGCGUCAAUUGUGCGAAGAUGCGCUGAACACUGGCGCAAAGAAAGCGGCAAAGAGCGGUGCUCAGGUGAAGGCCGCUCUGAGCAUUGGCACCAAUCAUCCUCCUUUUGUCAACACCACGCGACAUGGUCAUGGUGACACGUCGGCUACCAUCGAGCUCAUGGAAAACGGCAGCUUCUCGUCAAGCUCCUCUGGCAUCGACAGCAACGAUUCCAUCAUAAGCAUUGUGUCGAGUCCAAGUCUGGGAAGCGCCCCCAUGAAGAGGCACGCGAGUCACGGCAUGGCUCCUCGUGACGCGCCGGUACCCGCAAGGCCAGGGUUGAGAUCGCUCUGGUCCUCAAGCGCUGUCACCAAACAGAUGGAUUUUCCCGCAAGAGCUUCCGACGCCACACGGAACGGCAAGUCUUCUCCCACGCCCAGCGACGAGGGCUACGGUGAUGGGCCAUCAGUCUUUUCACCCAAAUUGUCGAGUGCUGAUAGUCAGGGCGACACUUCGUGGAGUCGCGCAUCUCUACCCAAAUCGCCAGUGCUGGGCCACGAAAGCAUGGAGUCGGUGUCGCCAACAAUCAAACGAAGGCGAUAAGCGCCGGUGGGCAUCGAGGCCACCUGCCUCCUGGAGUUUUGGAUUGUCCACGCGUGAACCUCAACCAAAUACUAUCUGCGCACGGCAAGCAAAUGCUAUCUGCGCUCGCCGUAACAAUAUCGUCGUCCCCCCCGCUAUUUCCUCAACAGCAGCAGCGCCAACAUUUGGCACUAGACUCUUGCGUUAUGUAUAUCCUACGACUUCACGCAUGUCAAUAUGUACAUUUCAUACCUGUGCUCACAAAAUUACG